UUUUCUCACAAAAAUAAAGGUAUGCAAGUCUACCAUUGCUCCAAUUAAAGUUAUCAAUUGUUUAUUUCCCGUCCCUUUUUUUACUUCCCUUUCUUUUCUUUUUUUUUCCCUUAUUCUUUUCCCUUUUUUAUUCAUUUAAGUAGGAAAUGAGUUCACAAGAUGGAUAUACAUCCUCAUCGUGGAAAGAACACCAACAUGAGGUAACGGAUGAAUGUCGUGAUUGUAAGCAGCAGUUUCGAAAUACGCGAUGUUACAAUUGUGACACGGGCACCACACCGUUAUGGCGCAGAGAUGAUGAUGGUAAUAACAUUUGCAAUGCCUGUGGUUUAUAUUACAAACUUCACAACGUUCAUCGUCCACUCUCGAUGAAGAGAACGAUCAUACAUCGUCGUAAGCGAGUUCAUAUGGCCCGCAAGUUCCCACAAGAACAAACCUUACAGAGAAGACCGUCAUUUUAUGAAGAAAAAACAGAAAAUCAUGAGCAUCCUAAAUUGCUCGAUAUUAUCCCACCACCAACACAGCGAAGAUCUUCUUUCCACCAAUUAUCGCCCAUGAUUGAUAAUCACCCAUCACCUUCAACUGAGUCAUUACCUAAUAUUCAAUCUUUUCUCAGUACAUUGGAAGGUCCGCCUCCCUUUGAGGAAGAAGACUUGGCUUUGCCCACCAAUGGCGCAGCAUUAACCAACAUGUUAUUAUUAGAGCCCGCCAAGUUCUGUAAGGCAUUAGCCAAUAGAAGGGAUCAACUCCAAGAUGAAAUUAAUAGUAUCAAUCAAUUAUUAUCUCAAUCUUCUUCCCAGCAACAACAACAACAACAACAGAAACAGCAGUAAAAGUACCACUCAUCAGUCAUUGAAUCUAAUAAUAGUACAAUAGUAUCAGGAUCAAUUCAUAUACCAUGGAAAUAAUAUAAUGA